AUCCUGGGCACCUUUGGUUCCGACAACUUAGGACUUAGUAGCUUGUCUGGGCCACUGGCAAAUUCUUCCUUCCCAGGCUAGACACACAGGCUGAGCAAUUGGUUCCGAACCCAGAGGAACCCAGGCGACGCUAGGUCACGUGGCCGGCUGCUUACAUGACUUGCGGGCUGCUGAGCGUCACUGUGACGUUCAGGAGACCUGCGAAGUGGCCCGGCUACUUCCGUCACCUGUGCUGUCGGGGUGCUGUCAUGGACCUGGGACCGAUGCGCAAGAGUUACCGCGGGGACCGAGAGGCAUUUGAGGAGGCUCAUCUGACCUCUCUGGAUCCCAUGAAGCAGUUUGCUUCCUGGUUCGAGGAGGCUGUUCAAUGUCCAGAUAUAGGAGAAGCCAAUGCUAUGUGUCUGGCUACCUGCACCAGAGACGGAAAACCCUCUGCCCGCAUGCUGCUGCUGAAGGGCUUUGGCAAGGAUGGCUUCCGCUUCUUCACUAACUACGAGAGUCGGAAGGGGAAAGAGCUGGACUCUAACCCCUUUGCCUCUCUUGUCUUCUAUUGGGAGCCCCUGAACCGUCAGGUGCGUGUGGAAGGCCCAGUGAAGAAACUGCCGGAGAAGGAGGCUGAGAACUACUUCCAUUCCCGGCCCAAGAGCAGCCAGAUUGGGGCUGUGGUCAGUCGCCAGAGUUCUGUGAUCCCCGAUCGGGAGUACCUGAGAAAGAAAAAUGAGGAACUGGGGCAGCUCUAUCGGGAACAAGAGGUGCCCAAGCCAGAGUACUGGGGUGGCUACAUCCUAUAUCCCCAAGUGAUGGAGUUCUGGCAAGGCCAAACCAACCGCCUGCAUGACCGUAUUGUCUUCCGUCGAGGCCUGGCAACAGGAGACUCCCCUCUGGGACCCAUGACCCACCACGGGGAGGAAGACUGGGUGUAUGAGAGACUUGCACCUUGACACUGGACUCCAGAAUGUUGGGGGAUCAUCAGGGGGAAGAGUGGGGGAAGGGAAGGAGAAAAAUGGAAGCCAGGUAUACCUUC